CGACGCAUCGACAAUCAUGUUGAUCUGUGGCUCAUUCCGUUACACCUCAAACCCUCUGCUCGCUCAGCGUCAUUCUUGACCUGGCAGAAUGCCCAUUCUUCCCUCCCCCGAGGCUCCCUUUGGCCUGCUUGAACCCCUGCAUCGUCAUAUGAUUCAGGAUGCCCAACCCAUCACUUCGAGCAACUGGGUUCCAGUCCUGAUCGUGCCUCUGUUCCCGAUGGCUAUCAUGGCAUUCUUACUUCAGUACGAGAACACGAGGAUAUACCGCCUCCCACUUGGUAUAGUGGGUCUCGCUAUCAUGGGUCAUUCGCAUGUGUGCUAUCGCUUCCUAGAACCUUGGCAACGAGCUUGGAACAUUGGGAUCGGGACAGCCAUGGUGGCCCUCUCUGGAAAGUACAUCGACUUUGCUCUACUUCGAGGACCGAUCGUCGAUCCAUAUCGUGCAAAGGGCAGGAAUCGAUUGCUUUCAACUUUCGAUCUACCUAUAAACAAUCGUUGGGUGGGUCUCGAAGCCACCGACUUGAACGCCUAUGCAUUCGAGAAGGCUCCAAAAGCCAGCAGUAACGGGCACGGGACAAAGGGCUCGGUCAAGGUGGACGGGAAAAUAUUCCCUCGUCAUCCUGAACGCUGGCUCCCAUAUACCCUUGCGCAUCGUACUCGACUUCAAGCCAGUAUCCGCCACCUCACACUCGCCGUGACCCAUUAUCUCGUUGUCAACACGUUGAUCGAGUUCCUACACAUCGUGGCUCCAGAAACCAUCGGCAAUUCAUCAGGCGUCAAGGGAUCCGUUCCAAAAUUCAUCCUAACGCAUCGACUCAUUGUCUUCCCGUGGCUCCAGGCUGUGCCGUUCAAGUCGCUCAACAUUGAACCCAUUUUAGCGCCUGUAUGGCUCACCGAGACAGUCACAGAAGCAUUCAUUGCCAUCAUCGCGUGGCAAGGUCUAUCAUGGGGGUAUAGAAUGGUCGCUGUCGUAGCUAUCGCUAGUGGGAUAUACGAAGUGGAAGCUUGGGAAGUGGACCUCUUUGACCAACCUUGGAAAGCAGAUAGCAUACUGAAUAUGUGGGGACGAAGGUGGCACCAGAUCUUCAGGCGGAGCUUUCUGCUCGCUUCGACAGUCCUGCUUCGAUUGUUCCACAUUCCCGUCACCUCCGCCACGCUUCUGGUCACCAGCUUCUUUUGUUCCGGUAUGCUGCAUGCUCUAGGGGAACUGUCAACAGAUCCUGCACCCUAUACCGUCCCAGUGUUCUACUUCUUCCUUCUCUCAGGUGUGGGAGGUGUUUUCGAAGCCCUCUUCAGGCGCGUCACCGGUAGACGCGUGCGUGGAUUCUGGGGUCGGAUCUGGAUGUGGACGUUUCUCUUCAUCACUGGUAAACAGGCUUGUUGGGCAUGGUGCGAUAGUGGCGUCGGAGGCAGUACGUUUUCACCAUCCAUGCCGUUUCUCGAUCGAGGUCUCGGCCCGUAUUUCUUCAAGCUGUUCUCUGCGGUCAUUGCGGAGAUCACUCCGGUUCCAGGCAGGAAGAUCGACAUGUAGGUCGGCAUCUUCAGGGGUAUCUGUCUCCCCUGCGUAUCAUAACUCUGCAUACUAGACCUGCCUACUGGUAGACACUGCACUCAUAUGUCUUUUUGCAUUAUAGCAUGGAUACAUGGCACCAUGC